GCAGCAUGUGUGCAGGGCCGCCCGCCCUGCCCUGCUCCCCGCCGCCGUAUAAAUAGCGGCACGGCGCGGCAGAGAGCCCCUGGCAGCCACCAUGAAGGGCCUCAACGUGCUCUGCUGCUGCGUGGCCUCGCUGCUGCUGCUCCUCGGUGCCGCAGAAGAGAUUGAAGAAGUCAGUGAGACAGCCAAGCGGGACCGGUCCCACUUGGAGAGCACCCUUAAGCUGAAUGAAGACAAACCUGCUGAUGAUUUCUCAGGAGUACUGCAGCGGCUGAGGAAGAUCUACCACUCCUCCAUCAAGCCCCUGGAGCAGUCCUACAGAUACAAUGAGCUGAGGCAGCACGAGAUCACAGCUUACCCCGGACGCACCCUGGGCUCUUCCGCCACAGAUGGGGAGAUCACUUCCAAGCCGAUGGUGCUAUUCCUGGGACCGUGGAGCGUUGGCAAAUCCUCCAUGAUAAACUACCUCCUAGGGCUGGACGACACUCCCUACCAGCUCUAUACAGGGGCAGAACCCACCACCUCUGAAUUCACUGUCAUCAUGCAUGGCCCGAAGCUGAAGACCAUUGAGGGCAUCGUGAUGGCUGCUGACAGCGCACGCUCCUUCUCGCCCCUGGAAAAGUUUGGGCAGAACUUCUUGGAGAAGCUGAUAGGGAUAGAGGUGCCUCACAAACUCCUGGAGCGAGUCACCUUCGUGGACACACCAGGCAUCAUUGAAAACCGCAAGCAGCAAGAACGAGGUUACCCAUUCAAUGAUGUGUGCCAGUGGUUCAUCGACAGAGCUGACCUUAUCUUCGUUGUCUUUGACCCUACAAAGCUGGAUGUGGGCUUGGAACUGGAGAUGCUGUUUCGCCAGCUGAAGGGCCGUGAAUCUCAGAUCAGAAUCAUUUUGAACAAAGCCGACAGCCUGGCUACCCAGGAGCUUAUGAGAGUCUACGGUGCCUUGUUCUGGAGCUUGGCUCCUCUGAUCAAUGUCACGGAGCCACCCAGGGUGUACGUUAGUUCCUUCUGGCCCAAUGAAUAUCAGCCAGAAACCCACCAAGACCUGUUCCUUAAAGAAGAGAUAUCACUCCUGGAAGAUCUCAACCAGGUGAUUGAGAACAGGAUGGAGAAUAAGAUUGCCUUCAUACGCCAACACGCCAUCCGGGUGCGCAUCCACGCCCUUUUGGUCGAUCGCUAUCUACAAACCUACAAGGACAAAAUGACCUUCUUUAGCGAUGGAGAACUGGUGUUCAGAGACAUUGUGGAAGAUCCUGACAAGUUCUUUAUCUUUAAGACCAUUCUGGCAAAGACCAAUGUCAGCAAAUUUGACCUCCCCAACCGUGAGGCUUACAAGGACUUCUUUGGCAUCAAUCCCAUCACUAGUUUUAAGCUGCUGUCUCAGCAGUGUUCUUACAUGGGAGGGUGUUUCCUAGAGAAAAUCGAAAAGGCCAUCACUCGUGAGCUUCCUGAUCUCUUGGGAAGCCUUGGCCUGGGGAAGAAGCCUAGCAUUCUCUCCUGCGACAUUACUGGCUGUGGCGAAACCCCAAAGAAUCGCUACAGGAAACCAUAACGUGUUCUGUAAUAUAACCAUUCAUGUGUUCCUACUGGUGAAUGAGCUUAUGUCUUAUCUGUCCAAGAAGCCAUGGUUUAUUAACCCUUUGAGUGCCACACUGGCAAAGGCUACUGUACAAUGAGGACUUUGAGUCAUUGACAUCAAUGGCAGGGGAAGUUGGGUGGGCAUAAGAAAGAGAAUAAAAACUGUGAAUUCCUGACAUUUAUCUUUGUUCUUUCAAAUAGAGGGCAAUGUUUAAGCUGUAAGUACAAGCAAUGCAUGGUGAGUUAGAACUGUAGCUGCUUUUUUGCUGGUGCCAAGAUUCACAUGUGUGAACAAGAAUUUCAACCUCUGCACGUACUAAGCCAGCAGGGAGCAAGAAAGAGGGCACGGCGUGAGGGCACAGAGGAGAAUGGUGACACAGUAGCCUGGGAACCACCGACAGCCCUGGGGGUCAAAGCACUGGGCAGGGUAGAAGAGGCCAGAUCCCAGCUGUUGCUUUCAGGCACAGAAAUCCUACAAAUCUCUGCAAAUAUUGAUCUUGUUUUCCUUUCCAAGACUUUUAGGUCACCCCAUGGAGUUGUCCUUUCACAUAACAACUGAGCUUAGCUCUGCAGCCUUCAGCUAGGUGUUAGCCUUCUCCUGCAUUAUGAAGGGAUUCAGUCCCCCAUGUGGCCAUUUUCAGGGGCAUUUGUAGCUCCAGACAAAUAGCUGCGGUGGGAUUUGCAAGUCCACGUCAGAGCAAGAAGUGGGCUGGAAGGGAGCCAUCAGAGCUGGCUGAGUGCUGCUUGAGGAGCAGGGGAAGCACCCUAAAUCAUAAAGUCCUGCAAAGAGCUGUGAGCAGGUGCCCUCUCUCUGGGCUGAUACAGAGACAGGGUGUUUAGUGUCCGCAUGUGCCAUUAACCUCAAAAAUCCCAUGCUGGCAAGUCAAGCCUGAGGAUCAGUAGGGCUCAGAGGGUUAAUUGUUUGGCAGUUUGACCUUGUUUAAGUCAGUGUUGCAUGCUUUCUCCAAGUCAGAUCCCUGUAGUUUUUUGCUGUUUGAAGGGAGAAGGGAAUGCCAUUUUACUAGCCACAUCCUUUUUCCCCUCUGCCAAUCUGCUCUCCUUGGGAUAUUACAAGAAGAUUUCUGUGGAUUGUUUUCUGUACUUCACCCAUUUUUAGCUGUGAAACUGUUGGCUCAUCUCUGCACAUCGACGCUCAGUCCUGUGAGUUGCAGGCGAAUGACUAUUGCUUCAAAAGCACCAGACCAGGUCAGGUUCCCCAUGGACGGCCAACCUGGAAACCUGGCAGCGAAAGCCAGGGGAUUGUGGGUGGCCUCGUCACCUAGCUCAUGCUGCUGGGUUGCACUGCCCCAGCACGGCUGGCUGCUGAGCCAAGCACAAACCGACCAAGUAGGCAGAUAUUGCCCUGGAUGGAGACCGGCACCUUAGAGCACUGCGAUGACCUGCUGAACAGCAUUUCUCCUUCCUCCUGCCAAACACACCACAGCUAACUGCUCUCCAGAAACCUCUGGAGCAGAGGAACUUACUUUGACAGGAACAAGAAGACAGGGAGGUGCCAGGUGAAGCAAGAAAAAGGCAAAGCAAACAGAAGAGUGAAAGAGAAAGCUGGAAAUGGAAGGCUCUGUCAUAAUGGAAAGGGUUGAAGGGCAGCACCUCUGGCUUCCAUGUGCCUGAUGGGAUGUAGGCUAAGGCGGAAGGUUGAUGCCACACUGACCGUGGGGUCCACGUGUCCCCAGCCCUGAGGCUGGGUGCUGCAAAGAAAGAGUCCCCUCAAGCAGCCCAGGUGAGUUUGGGGGGAUGCUGCCCCAGGGACUUCCAAUGCUCUUUGCCUCUGCUUUGAGGUAGGACUGUGCAUAUGGACUAAUGAAGAGAAGACACAAAUCUAUGUUCAAGUACUGGGAAGGGGCAGGUUUUGUGCAGAGGGAUUUCUGCACACAGUGCAGAGAGGCCUGGAGGUAACUAGUGAAGGUAGGAAGGGGUGUUAGAGAAAGCAGCAGCCAGGCUGGUGCAGAGAGAAGUGGUGCACUCAUGAGUCAGUGCAGAGAGGUCUCAAACUUGCCCCAGAGCUGCUGCCUCCUUUCGCUUUUAUUCUUUUCUGUUUCUUUUACAUUAUCCCUCUCCUCCUCAUCCCUAUCUGUCUCACCCACUCUUUCUUGCCUCUCAUUGUCCUUCGUCAAGCUAGUUUGCAUGGUUUUCUUAAGAGCUAAUGGAAAAGAAACACUGACAGAAAUGUGCUAAUAUUGUCACAGUUCCUGCCAUCACACUGUGUGUCAUUGUCACAGUAAGCAAAGCCCAUCAAACUUUUCUACUUCUAAGUGCCUUAUUUUUCCAUCUCAUUUUUUGCUGUCCUGUCCCUCCAAAGCCAAUGGGCUCCAUCUGGGGGCAUCCAGUGAAAGGCCCCCACACAUCCUAUGAAGGAGCUUUAACUCUCCAUUUGGGCCUUAAACUUGAAGGCAUCAUCACCCUGCUCUCAGGUCACUCCCAUCUAUCUCCCAGUCACUUUCUUUUCUCCUUUUCCUUUGUUUUAUCUUUUCUUCAGCACUCAUUGUCUUCCCUCCCAUUUACACCCGGCUCCAUUUUUCCUUCUCUUCAUCUUAUGAGCACCCUGUGCAACAGUCAAAAGCAAAGCGCUAAUGCAAGAGUCCUCGAUGGGGCUCUUAUGUGAUGGUCAAAACCUUUUUCCCACCUAAUAUUUUAUGUUAGGAUUCUCUUUCCCAUGUGAUGCCCUUCAGACCACCCUGCUUGAACCCUCACUCACCUCACCCCCUCCGUGCAGAAGCAAUGGCAAUGGUGAUCAGAAGCAGGGGAACAGGCUCGGUGCCAUUUUUUGCUGCCUGCGAGGCAUGCUGACUCGAGUUGGUGCUGGCCAGCUCUCCUGGUUGUUCAGGAAGACGCUGACACUUAGAUGCUUUCUUUCUCAUGCAUCUUAGCACACAACCGGGGCAGCCAUGGCAAGCGACUGUUAGUCCAAAAAGGACAGUAGGUCCUUACCCACCUCAUGUGGCACAGCCUCAGACCAACCCAACAGUCUCUGAGCUUUAACAGGAGAGCUCUGGGAUGUGAGUGAGAAAGAGAUGAGCUGCAGGAAAUGCAUGGGGUGGGCGGGAAUGGGGAGUAUUUUUAUUUUGCUAAGAAAUCCCAACCUGGCGCCAGGACUGUGAGCUUCUUGUGUAAGAGCAUUCCAGACAGACACCUUCCAAGGAAUGACAUAGCCGUGACAUACGCACAGGUAGAAGCCCAUGUUAAUGUGCAUUUGGAUAAAACUGUCAGCCUGAACAUCAACCUGUCUAAUAAAACCUGGUAUUUUCCAAACACA